AUGGCUCAGCCCCCGAAAUUCCGUAUUCUCUCCCCAGAAUCUGCUCUACGACGCGCCCGGCCAGACCCGUCCUCUACGCCCUCACAAUCCCAAGCUCCCUUCCAAUCGCCCACAACGUCACAUUCGCCCCCUACCACAACCACAGCGACAAGCAGCAGCACGCCAAAAUCUACUCCCAACCCCCGAUCCUCAUUCUCUCCCUUUUCCCGCCUCAGAAACUACUAUUCAACCCUUCCGCGCCCCUUCCGUCUUGCCUUCCGUACUAUAGGCGCAGUCGCGCCCAUCGUCCCCAUCGGCCUAUACUUCUCCGAAUACGUUGGCCAACUCCUCCUGGUCAACGGACCUUCCAUGACACCAUACUUAAAUGAAGACUACGAUAUUAUGCACACAAAGAAGGAUAUUGUUCUAGUCAAAAUGUGGCCUGGUCUUUCGGCGUUCCGCUGGGGUCAGAGGAAGAUGCGCAUUGAGCGGGGAAUGCUCGUUUUGUUUCCGUCACCCGGGAAUCCAGACAACGUCGCCAUAAAACGUGUCAUCGGACUCCCCGGGGACAGAAUCACAACACGCGAGCCCUGCGCAAAGCCCUCGCAGAUUGUCCCCUUCAACCACGUCUGGGUGGAAGGCGACAACCCCAAGAAGUCGCUCGACAGCAACACAUACGGACCGGUCAGUAUAUCAUUGAUCUCGGGGCGCGUGAUGGCGGUUGUUUGGCCAAGGUUCCGGUGGUUAAAUUGGGAGGAGUGGGAGAGUGGAGAUGUGGACGGCGGACGGUUUGGGGAAGGGUACCUGGCAGAGGUGAGGGAGAGGGUUGAGAAAGGGGCUGUAGAGCUUCAGAAGCCGUUCUUGAUCUGA